AUGGUCAUGUCAUUCAGAGGUAAAACUAAUGGCGUUUGCGGUUUGAGUUGGGAGCCCUGUUCUCGUGCCGUGGAGCAGGUCCAUCUGUGCUGCACCAUGGGCUCCCUGGAAUGGAUGUACCCCACGCAUUAUCCUGGAGCCCAGCCUCUCCAGCGCCCGGCACACCACUGCAUCAAGCCUGCCAGCGACUUCCAGUGUGCCAGCAUCUUCCGGGAACGUGCUGGGCAGCUGCAUCUGCUGGUAAGCGAGGCAGAAGGGGCUCGACCCUGCCACGUGCCUUGCUUCGGUGCCCACACACACGUGGCCCUCUUCCUGCAGGCAGUGCAGAGGGACCUCCGCUGCUGGACAGCCAGCUUCCAGUACGAGCUGCUGAGCAACCAGAUCAUCGCUGGCCCCGACUUCAAAGAGAUGGGACUAGUCGAAGCUACGUGCUGUCCUUGUGUCAACAUGGAACUUCCUCUGGCCAUCGGCAGCAGGGAUUUGGAAUUUGCACGCUUCCUAGUUCUCUUGCUGCAGAGGCAGUGA